UGUUUUGUAGAUGAGGGAAUUACAGACGAAAGCUUUCCUUUGCUAGACGAAGAAACCAUAAGGGUUCUUUUUCCGAAAAGCGGCCCACGACUGAUCUUUAAAAAAUUUUAUACGCAAGAAGUAUUAGGUUCAUGCUCUACUCCAUCGUCACUGAGCCAAACAGAAACUAUCUCCGUUUUUUCUAACAGCUCAAAUGAUGUGAUUGAGUUUGAUCCAGAUCCUGAACUGUGUUCAUUUCUUAACAUUGGAAAUUCAUCUCAAAAUAUGAAUCUCGACGUGGGCCUACCACCGAGCCUUCCACCUUCAAGAGAAAUGCAUAGUAUUAUUUCAGAAAAUAGCAAUCCUAUUCCAAAAAAAAAAGUGAAACAAGGAAGCUUGUUUUCAGAUGGAUUAGAGAAUUUGUUAAUGCAACAUACAGAUGGUCAGUUGGCAUUAAAAAAUAGGAAAAAACUGAGCAAUGAUUGUAGACAGAAAAUAUGCAAACUCAUCGUUAGCUAUUUAUUAUCAAAUAGGACUGAUAUAAAGGCAGACACUUUCACAAGAGCUGCUGAAGAAAUAGUGGAGCUGUUCCCUACUGAAAAAAAAGAGACUUAUUUUAUUCCAUAUUCAUCUGGGAAGGAAGGUUUACGGAAGCAAUCGGCCAGAGGAAAACUGUGGUCUCGGUAUAUCUAUGUUAAAGCUAGUUUCCGAGUGGCAAAUACUAGUAAAGCUGUUGAUGAUCACAAUAUUAAUGUGGAGGAUAACAAACUCCCAGAAACAGAUGAGAAAUUAGAGUUUUUAAAAGUAUCGAUAGAACCAUAUACUAAAGUCCUUCAAUACUGGGAAUCGACGUUCCACACACGAACUAGAAUCUAUGCCAAUAAAACUCUACAAGAAAUAUUUGAUGAUUUUCCAGCAUUAAGUUUGCAGACUGGACUUGAUUUGUUGGAGUCUGAUUUUAAUCAAGCAAAUGAAGACAAAAUAGAUAUUAUAUAUCAGGAAUGGCCCAAAGUUGCACGGGCUAUUUUAAAGGAGGCACUUGAUAGAAAAAUUAAACUGGUCAACUUAGAUGAUUUCGAUAAUAACACUAAAGCUUUGCUAGUACUUCCUCUUCUGUUUUCUGUGGUUACAUUAAGGAAAGGUACCAAACAAAAUACAAAUUGUUGGAGGCCAACUAGGUCAGAAACACAAGAGAGCUUUUUUAUUAAUGUGAACGCAUUUAGUGAUAUAGAUCAACUAAUUGAAACUAGAGAAAAAAAAUUACUGGCAUAUGGAUUUCCAAUGCAACCAUUUGGAGCGGUAGUUGGAAUAGAAGAAAAACAAUUCUGUAUUGUCCUGUAUGGUAAAAAAUUUGUUGUCAAUUCAUCUAUAAGAGUCCUAGAAUUAUUAUACAAAGUUAUACACGCACUAAAUCUAGAGUAUCCCAUAGAAUGCAAACACAUCUGGUUAUUCAUCCAAGAAAUUGUGUUUAAAACUGUCACUACUAGUAAGCACAGUAGUACUGCUUGUGUUAUUGCCGACAUAUCGAAUCAAAUAGAACAAGAAGCAAAACAAUAAAAUUUUCUACUAUGCCUACUUGUGGAGUAUG